UUCUACUACAAUCUGACUAUUUAUCAGUAAAAAUAAACGGAAGGUUAUUGAUUAGUUUAUUGAUCUUAACAAAACGGUCUGCUACUACUUUAUUCAAUGUUUUUCACCGGACAUUAUCAUUAGUUGUUGAUAGUCAAUUACCUUAUCGAGCACGCUUGGGAUGAAAAUAGCGGUUAGUUCGAAUACGAUGCCAAGAUGGGAAAGUCUAUUGUGUUCAAUACGUUGUUGAUUUCAUUCAGUGCAUUGUUGAUGUUAUUCCAGAACACCGGAGUGUCAGCUAUAGGAUGUGGUCUGCCGAUUCGAUCAGCUGAUGAGGUGCAUAUGCCAGUACUUGUUGACAAUUCAACAUCGCAAUUCAAGCUUAUCAUCCCAGAUAAAGGGUAUGUUGGCCUCAACAAGGGUGAGAAGAUCAUACUUCUCUGUCCCAGUUAUAGGAACACCUUGGUUAUAACCAAUUCGAACUCAUCUGUAAUCACCUGUGUCAAGGAUGAGACGAUCAAAAUAUCGAAGAAGAAUGAGGAUUUCGAACAGGUACUUUGCUCUAAAAAUGUAAGAGGAGCAACAGUCAGCACUAAGGUGAAAUGUGGAAAUGGUCAAGGACGUAUUAUAGAGAUAGGAUUUCCGGUUGAAAGAGGGCAAUUCUUGACCCUGAUAAAGACUUGUUACGAUAGUGAAAAUGGAAAUGCGCUUUAUUCUUCACAUAUAUUGAUUGGGAAUCAGUUGGACUAUGCUUCCAAAUCGAACUACAGACCCCCCUUCAGCACAGAAGGACUUGGCCCAGGAGUAUCAGCAGAUGUAGCAUACAAACAGGCCUACGAAAAAGCAACCUUCAAUAAAUUACUUGGCUCAGCCAAGCUAGCAGAUCAGUAUAUAAACAAAGAUUCCUACUUGGCCAGGGGUCACUUGGCUCCAGAUGCAGAUUUUCUGUUCGCUUCAUGGCAAAUUGCAACUUUCUUCUACAUCAAUACUGUGCCUCAGUGGCAAGCCAUCAAUAAUGGUAACUGGAAGAGAGUGGAAAACUUGGUUAGGAACACUGGUAUAUUCUACGGUGAAGAUCUACAGGUUCAUACAGGAAGUUACCAAGUUCUUCAGCUUCCAGAUAUCAAUGAUAACCCAACCAACAUUUCCCUGGUUUCCAAUUCAAAACUCUCUGCGCCCAAAUUCAUGUGGAAAAUCGUCUAUUCAGAAAAUUCUCGAAAGGCCAUAUCCUUUGUGGUUUUGAACAAUCCUUUCGCCAAAAGACUAGAAACGGAUGAUCAAAUAUGCACAGACAUUUGCCAAAAUUACGGUUGGGAUAGAAAACCCUGGAAGGAUGGUAGUAAAGGAUUCAUAUAUUGUUGCGAUGCUAGAGAACUACUCAAAGUCAUUGGAACAGGACCUAAAAUCAACAUCCGUGGUAUUAUGAAUGGCCCGAAUAUGUCAAAUAGAUUUUAUUAUGAUGAGCUGAAUGAUUUCUAUUGAUGUCAUAAAACGUGAAGAUUUGAUUUUUGUAUCUUGAAUACAAAUUGAUUAAUGAAUGAGAUGUGACUGUUCAACAUUGACUGACUAGACUCAUAGAUCCCAAAGUAUUAUUGCGUAUAAUUUCUCCUUCUUAAUUGUAUGUAACUUUUCUGUUUGAACUAUUGCCUGCCAUUGUUCAGUUUUCAUUAACGAACUCGUAUUGUAGUUUCAUUUCUUCAAUUACAAAAUUCAAACUU